AUGGUGACCAAGGCGUCUCCUGACGGCGAGACGGCCUCAAAGGGUGCCGACGGUGCGGUAGAAGAUGGUUGUGGUGUCACUGUGCCGGAAGCUGUCUCACCUUCCGGCUGCGAAAGACUGGUCUCUGUCUCCAGCCUCUGUAGAAUGUCAGUCGAGCCGACGGCCAGCCUGUCGAUCAGUACCGCGGCAUUCUCCUCAGUUUGUCCCAAAGACGAAGUGCCACCCGUAGGUAGAUUCAGCAACUAG